AACAAAACAAUCCCUCAUUGUAAACAAACCGAACGAAACACCAACAAAUCAACAUCAAUUGCUGGAUAAACGAUGAGUUUGAAGUCAUUGACGAAAGCGAAACUUCUCGAAAUGGUUCAAAAGUUGAACUUGGAUGAUGAAGGUACCAAGGCGGUUUUGGAGGACCGUAUCUCCUCUCAUUUCGAUAACCAUCCAGAGUUGGUGGAGGAUGACGAAUGGAAGAAGUACGUUCUUUACAGAGUUAAGACCUCUCCUGUGAAGUCCACCCAGGUUGACGUUCUGGGGACGUUGGACGGCCCUGCUCCAACCUUACCGUCGUCUCCAGCGCCAAAGUUGUUUGGUAUUGCCUCGCGCUUCAAAGGUGCCUUCUCAUCCCCUUCUAAGGACGAGCCUGUUACAAAGGAAAACGGCGUUGAGAAGGUAGAUGAUGAAGACGAUGAAGACGAUGACGACGAUGACGACGAUGAAGAUGAUGACGACGAUGACGACGAUGAAGACGAUGAGGACGACGUUGAAGUGUUAGAGUCCGAUGACGAUGAAGAGGAAGAGGAGGUUAAAGGCGAUGAAGAGCUCUUAGAGGAAGAGGAGGAUAAAGACUACGUUCCGAAAUUCCAAUUCUUUACGAAUGCUAAGGAUUGGGCCAUUGAGAAAUGGGAAUCCACGUACGACUAUGUCCUUGACCAGGUUGAUGAAACUGUGUACUCUGUUACAUCGGGAUCCACAGCCCUUAAGAAGGCUCUCAGUACACCUGAAUCUGUCAACUAUAUCACCUCUGGAGUUGAAGCUGCCUUCUUGGUUCACAACCAGGUUCCUAUCGUGGAACUACGCUACCUACCUUUCCUCGAUCAAUCCAUUCUUUCAAAAUAUUCUCGUUAUAUCGAUUUGGAUUUGCCGGUGUAUGAUUUCAGCACACUUGUCGACUUGAAAUUCAUUGCUUCCUUCCUAUUUUGGGUCUUUUUCUUUGUUGUUAUCCCAUUGAUCGGUUCCUACUACUUCAACUUUGUCGGUAAAAAGCACAAAAAGGUUAGAUUUGAUCCUUUGGUAUUCAACGUGAUCAAGUUGAUCUCUGCUUACCUAUUCUUGUCCACUGCUGUUUCCUUUGAUGACCUCAAGAACAAUGCUCAGGUUUGGGCUGAUGAGCACGGUCUGUUGGAAGUGACAGACUUUACCCAAAAGAUUAAAGCACAAGUGUUCCACAUCACCGUUACUUUGAGAUUGAUUUUGGGUAAUGUUCCAUUCAUCAAUGGUUUUAUUGGUCUUGUCAUCGCCUUGUACGUUGCAUCCAUCUAAGAAAGACAACAACAAUAUGAAUUUAACAAUUCUGGUUAUUACAGAUUUUGAUGAACGAUGUAUUAUAUAGGGUUGCUACCUAGGACCGGUCAACUCUCUCCCUCUUCUUCUUCUUCUUAUUCUCUUUUUCUUGUCCUUUUUAUAUUAUACAAACUGAUCUUUGAAAGAAGCCCCAUUAGCAGGUGUGUUCCUUUGGUUACAUGUUCCAUCCUAUUGGUGACAAACUAUUGUACUUUAUACUAAUAUCAUACCUCUCUC